GCGGAGCUGUGUCAUGGUCGCCCACACGUGAAUGGAAGAGAAUCUGCAGCGAUGAAUUUACAACGUCUUCGUUUACCGCAUUUAAAAUUAUUGUUAGAAUGUUCAAGACAAUGGAUGACCAAUUUUCCGUCAAGUGUUGCCGUUGGGGAGAGACUAGGGGCAUAUCGGCACUUCUCCUGCACACAUCAACUCUCUAGGAAGAAGAAGUUUCCAUCAGAGGUGGACACAGACAUCAGGGAGACAGAUGGAGUGGACAGUUCCCUGAAGGAAGCCGCCAAGAGUGCAGCCAGUUCUCUGCCAGGCGAUGCCAAACAAACCGAAUCUGACCUCCUCCAACAACUGCACAACCAGGCCAAACUGUCACAGGCUCAAAGAGAAGGAAGGGAGGCAACUCCAGGAGGGUCUCCUCAGCCAAGGCAAAAGUCCCAUGGUGGUCAGAGACAGGAGUCUGCAUCUAAAACAGCCUCGAACACCAGAAACACCGGAUCCAAACCCCUGGAUUUUUAUUUCCAUGAAGAUGAAAACAGAGGUAAAGAUUCUGCCCCAAAGACUAUUCCCCCAGAGGUAAAGAUACCGCCCCCAAAGACUCCCCUAGGGGUAAAGAUUCAGCUCCCAAAGGUUACCCCAACUAUGAAGAAGGCUCUGAGAGAUGCCCUGCAGCCAGGUAAGACUAGGAGCAGAGACACAAGAUCCAGGGAUGUAGGAUCCACGGACCCAGGAUCCAGGGACAUGAGAUCCAGGCAAGACUCCUUGCUUCGCAGUAAAGCUUCUCACAGAAGCCCCACUCUGAGAGAUGAGGCGAGAAGUCGGGGUGAGGUGAGAGGCCGGGGUGAGGCGAGGGGUCAAGAUUUGUCUGCAUGGCAAGAUUCUGUCCUCCCAGAUAGGCGUGGACAGAGAAGUCCCAGUACCCAGAGUUCAGAAGCCAAACAGAGACAGAUCCGGAACUUCAAGCUGUUUUCUGGAGAAGGACUCGGUCUAUUUGACCAUCUGUCCCGGGAGACGACUCGGCGGAGAUCGCUGUGGGACGAGGUGCAGGAGGAAACCCUGGCGGUCCUCAAACAGAAUCCCACCAAUGCAUUUGAGGAGAUGAUAGAAUGGACCAAAGAGGGCAAACUGUGGACAUUUCCUAUUGACAAUGAAGCUGGAAUGUUGGAGCAGCAGAAUGUCAGCUUCACUGAACAUGUGUUCCUGGACCAACAUCUGGAGGGAUUCCCCACGCGGGGUCCUGUCCGGCAUUUCAUGGACCUUGUGACCACUGGCCUGUCCCAGAACCCCCACCUAGCUGUCCAGCAGAAGAAGGAACACAUUGAAUGGUUCCGUCGGUAUUUCACGGAGAAGCAAGCGGUGCUGGAGGAGAACCUUGGUCCUGAUGGAGUCGUGAAAGUAGUUGCAGACAAGCAGCUUCAGUCACAGUAGUAGAUGUGGAGAUUGUGUGGGACAUCAUGAACUGAUGCUGUUUGUACAUUUAAAGAAAGCGUGCUGGAGUGAAUACAUGUUACAUUUAUUCAA